AUGGUUCAAACUACUAUAAUGACUAAUAUCUGGGGAGAUAUCGACCAAACAGUGAACCAUUCGCUAAAAUUGGAUUAUGAUACUGAUCUGGAUCUCUCGAAGGAUCUCUACAAAUUGAAGUUGUCGAAUCUUGAAAUUACUCCUUCAAUAUCAGAAACUUCGACAGUAAUUUCAUCAACCGCCUCAUCUGGGAAUUUGCUGUUUGAGAUUGGCAAGGAAAAGGAUCGUUCCAAUUCAACAAACAUACCCUAUUUAUCCUCGGCUGUUUCGACUCCCAAAACUCCCCAUAAUGCCUUUUUGAUUUCUGAAACCAAGGGCCAACCAAGCAAUAACUUGUGCAUGGCAGAUUUGCUGCCUACUUUGUGGGAUGACCAGAUGGAUGAAAAAAGGGAGUUCAGUUCGAUUUAUGGCUCAAGCUCCAAAAAAGUGCCUCUCACUCCUAAUAAUGACUCGGCUUUUUCAUACAACGAUUCCGAUAUUAAGCAGUCUUACUUCCAAUCACCUCGUACACACUAUGGUGCCUUUAAUUCACAGGACGGACUUUCGAAUCUGAAUUAUCAACAGUCUCAACAUGCUCAACAGUUUCCGCCGCUUUGGGGGUGUUAUAGAGCUCUUUCUGUUCCUUCCUUUGAAUUUGCCGAUAAGCUUAAAGACAUUUCCUCAGUCCAAAAGACAGAACCGUUACCAUAUAAAGACUUACAGGCCAACGAAUUUCUUGGUGUUAGUCGGUCCGCUGAAACUCAAAGCCCUCUUUGCAAGCUUGCGAACCAACAAGCUCAGCUUCUCACCGAGGAAAAUCUCUCUCUUUUGGAUCCGUCAAAUUCAGAGAGUACUGAAAGCCCAAAAAAGACUAUUCGCAGCUCAGAUAAAUCAUUUUCCAGUAACUCAGCACAAGAGCAUUUACUGAAAUGCAAAACUGAAGCGCACAAAUCCACCACAGAACAUUCUUCAGAUUCUCAAAACUCGCAUUGGAGACGGAAAAAAAAUACAAAAGGUUCCGGUCAGUUAGAUUGUGGACACGUUUCUACGCACCCGAAGUCCGCUAAGCAUCCAUCACUGUCAAGUAAGGCCAAAAUCAACGCUGAUAAUGGUCUAUACAAGACGGAAAUGUGCACUCAGUUCAAAGAACGAGGGACCUGUCCUUAUGGAUCAAAAUGCCAAUUUGCACACGGAGAGGACGAACUGAAAGUCGUAAAGAGAUCUGAUAAUUGGAAAACGAAACUGUGUGCAAACUGGUCGAAAUCUGGCACAUGUCGUUACGGCAAGAGGUGUUGUUUUAAGCAUGGUGAUGAAGAUAAUGGCUUCAAUUAA